AUGGAUGAUGAUGGAUUACAUACCUUUGAUGUGAAAUCUAAAGCUCCAGAGAGCUCUGGUUUCUACCCAUUUAGUGGUAGAGGUUGGCUAAAUUUUGGUAUGAUUGGCGUACUGAUUGGUGCACUUCUCAUGCUUUUUGCUGGAUAUCCAAUUUUAUCAUUUUUCCGUGAUCAAGGACAGACUACAGAGGGAGCUUACAAUCUCGGUGGUAUCAAUGCUACCGGCCAAAUACCAGUUUUACCAGGUGUCAGAGGUCUUGUUGAUGAUGACACACCAGAAGAUGUGAAACACAGAGUGGGAUACGAUGGAAAGAACUACAAGUUAGUAUUCUCUGAUGAAUUCGAGCAAGAAGGUAGAACAUUCUUCCCUGGUGAAGACCCAUUCUUCGAGGCCGUAAACAUCUGGUAUUGGCCAACAGGUGAUAUGGAAUGGUAUUCACCAGAGCAAGUUAUGACUCGCGAUGGUGCGCUCGAAAUAACGAUGGAAAACACAGAUGUUGGAGAUCUCCAUUACAAAUCCGGUAUGGUUCAGUCAUGGAACAAGUUCUGCUUCUCAGGUGGUAUAAUUGAAUUCGCAAUACAAUUACCAGGUCGUGGAGACGUAUCUGGUUUCUGGCCAGGUGCAUGGACAAUGGGUAAUCUCGGUAGACCAGGUUAUGGUGCAUCGACUGAAGGUACAUGGCCAUAUAGUUAUGAUAGUUGCGAUGUAGGUACUAUGCCAAACCAGACAAACAAAGGCGGUACAGGACCAAUAGGUGCCCUCAACAGCAAUGAAGGAAACGCACUUUCUGUCCUUCCUGGUCAAAAGCUUUCAAGUUGCACAUGUAAAGGCGAAGAUCACCCAGGUCCACACCACAGCGUAGGUAGAGGUGCACCAGAAAUUGACGCCCUUGAAGCACAAACUGAUUUCGUCAGAAAAGGUGGUGCCGCUUCUCAAUCAGGUCAAUUCGCUCCAUUUGACUACGGAUAUGAUUGGAGAGAUGGUGAAGAUUAUACUCCAAUUUACGAUCGCACGAAUACAGAAUUGAAUAGCUACAAAGGUGGUGUUUAUCAAGAAGCUGUUUCUGGUGUUACUUUCCUCGGUAAUGAUGCCUACGAAUUAACUAAACAAGAAUUCAUGAAAUUCGGUUUCGAAUAUUCAGCUGAUCCAAAAACACGCGAUACAAACUCCAUUACUUGGUUCGUUGAUGAUGACAGAACAUGGACAAUGAACGCUGCUGCCGUUGGACCAGAUGAACGUGUUCAAAUUGGCCAACGUCUCGUGUCUGAAGAACCAAUGUCAAUCAUUAUGAACUUCGGUAUGGCAGAUGGUUUCUCAGCUGUCGAACUUGAUAAACUUAACUUCCCUGCAACUAUGAGAGUUGAUUAUGUCAGAAUAUAUCAAACGGAAGAUCAUAUCAACGUUGGAUGCAAUCCACCUAGUCGCCCAACAACUGAUUAUAUCAACGAUCACCUAGAUGCUUACAUGAAUGCAAAUGUAACGCAAUGGGAGAAAUUGGGUUAUAGUUGGCCAAAAUCUUCAUUCAAAGAUGAAUGUUGA